AUGCCGGGAGACGAUCCUUCCGGCGAUUGGAGCUGGUGGCAGCGUCGGUUGAACACUGAGGCAGACUCGGAAGAGGCUCGAGUUCACCUUCUUCUCGAGAAUCCGGGCCCCUUGGACAGUGAGUUUGUAUUCUUCUUUCCAGAGGAUCUGGAGCUGGAACUUGAGUACUGGGCGGAAAGCGGAGAAUACACUCCUGAACAACUGCAUCAGGCAAGUAGCGGAUUCAAGCAGGGACUGAUGCUUUUGCACGCAAGUGUGACUAAUUGA